AUGAAAUCCUCCAGAGAAUACAAGAAGCAAAAAAAGCUUCUUCAAGAAAGAGGAUGCAAAGCCUUGUGUUGUAGUUGCAGGCUUAGUGUUUCUUCUUCUGAAGAAUUAGCAACAGAGAGCUCAGCUAAUUCGGACCGAUACGCUUCCAUUUCAAGCUUAGCUCAUGCCAUGGUUCAAGAAAGACUAGACCAGAUGAUUAAAGAAAGGCAGCAAGAAGAAGAAGAAGCAAGACAUAAUAAAGAGAAAACAAGGUUAAAACAUGAAGCUAUCAAUAAUAAGUUUGUAGUAAUGGUAGCUAUGGAGAAGAGCUCUUAUGAUCCAAGAGAAGAUUUCAGAGAGUCUAUGGUUGAGAUGAUUGUGGCAAAUAGAUUAGAAGAGCCUAAAGAUCUUCGUAGUCUACUGAACUAUUACAUGUCAAUGAACUCUCAAGAGUAUCACGGAAUGAUACUUGAGGUUUUCCAUGAGGUUUGCACUAAUUUGUUUCUAUAUUGUAAAUGUCAUUGA